AUGGGAGGCGCUAACGAGAUUCUAUUUAAGUUACUAGACCCCGUGCCUCAAUACGUAUUGGGCUGCCUACCAGCUUUGGCCAUAAUAGGAGAAUCACCGGCAAAUGAGUUUACAGAAAAGAUCACAUGGUUACUUCGAUGUCUUGGAUGUCCAUUUACGGGGAUAUUUUACUCAUUUAACAUCGGUGGUAAAGGAGAAAGUCGGUGCAUGUACUGGCUUUCAUCAGACAAAUUUGAAAUUGUUGACAGUUACAACCCUAAUGAACCUGGUGAAUCGGAAAAGCACGACGGAUCUGGCAAACCUAAUAAAAUUGUUGGAUCGAAUAAUUAUGGCAAAAUUGAGGAAUCGGAUGGAUCUAGUGGAUCUAACAAAUCUGGCAAAAUUGAUUCGAAUAAAUGUCACGAAAUUGAGGAAUCGGAUAAACCUGAACAUGAUAAACAGGAGGCAUCUGAAAAAUCCACUGUACUAAAUGAACCUGACGAAUCUAACAAACCGAAUGAAUUAAUAAGACCUUUUGGAUUUCAUGCUAAAAAAAUCAGAAUUUCUAAUGACGAAAAUAUAAAGAAACUUAUAGAACAAUGCACAGCAACGGCAUCUGUACUGGAAAGAGCGCCCGC